AUGUCUGAAGAUGACAGCUCCCACUCUAGGGAGCGAGGCCCUGCUCCCAAGCGCGGUCGCGUCAGUUGUCAAAAAAGAAAAGUGAAGUGCAGCGGCGAGAACAAUUGUGAGCAGUGCCAGACAAAUGACCUUGUCUGCACGUACGCUCAGGGGAGGAAACGUCGGCGAGCAACAGGCGCCCCACGGCAAACAAUCCCUGAACCAUCGAGUGAGCUCCCCCGUGCCGUUCCCGAUACAGAAUUGACGAAAUCACUUGCACAAAUGAUGAAUCGUAUCUCUGAUUUGGAGCAAAAUUGUCAAUCCCUGAAGACUCAACUGGCCGCCCCACAUGCCUCUGAUCUCAAUCCCACACCCCAGUCGACAAGCCGCCAGUCAUCAUUGUCUUCGCGCCUCAACGAGCCCGUAAUCCCGGUUGAUGAGAGCUUUCGUGGACCAACAAACAUGCUUGAACCCAUCCGCAUCCUCAGCAAGACCGUUGCCAAAUGGGAUCAAAUGCAAGAAUUACCCGGUUAUGAGGUACCACCCGAGCAUUGUGCAGCCAAUAACUGGGACUGGCAUGAUUCCACCACAGAGCGCAUCUGCGGAAUCGAUAUCCUAAACCGCGAGGCCCAUAUUGAUGACAUUGGCCAGCUGCAAUCUACUGUCGACAUCUACUUCUCUCAGAUAAAUCCGAUGUUUCCUUGCUUGAACGAGAAUCAAUUUCGGGCACAAUUACAUGAUGCGUUGGAGAAUGGAGCCUCAAGUAUGGACCGGCCAAAUCGAUAUCAAUUUUUUGCCCUUGUCCAUUUGAUCCAGGCAGAGGUGCUCAUUUUAACGCAAGAUUGGAAGCCAUCCGACACAAUUCCUGGCUGGAAAUCAAUUCUGCGCGCGGAGAAUAUUCUGAGCCGCCUUCUGUGGCAAGGAAAUGGAAAUUUGUUGACCAUUCAAUGCCUCGUUGUGAAAUCGCGCUAUUUCUUGUACCUGGAGCGUGGAGGUGCCGCUCACGAAACCAUCACGCGUGCAGUCCGUCUGUGUUUCCAAUUGGGUCUACACGACUCGUCCUCAUGGGAGCAAUGCUCCGCUUUCGAAAAAGUGAUGCGACAGAGGGUGUUUUGGAGCGUGUUUCAGCUCGAGCGCAGUCUAGCUCUCAAUAAUGGUUACCCCUAUUUGAUUCGGGAAUCAGAGAUCAGUGUCGAUCUGCCACCCUGCCACAAUGAUCAAGAGCUUUUCCCGGACGGCCCAAUCCAGAAUGAGGCUCACAGUAGUGGUAAGUCCUAUGGACCUUUGGUAGUCAUGGCGGCGAAAUGGGGUGGUCUGGUAUCCGAUAUCUGGGAUGCAAUGUUUGCGGCGAGGGCCAGGAAACCGAUGACCCUUGAGUAUAUUGCCGGGAUGGAUGCCCGAGUCGCACAUGUCAUGAAAAACCUACCCUUUUACAUGAAACCACCAGCCCCGGAUCCGAAGUCCCAGUCUGUUGAUAACCAGGCACCAUUUUCUCCUCCCCAUGUGGGCAUUAUUCAACUGCGGUUCAAUCAACUAAGACUCUUGCUUCACCAGAGCAGCCUACUCUCAUUUGAAUACGACCACGAAGUUGCCGCGACGUGCUUAUCCAUCAUCCGUGAUGUUCUGCGUAUUAUUCAGUCUUUACUAGACUCCCCAAAUCGCGCCUCUAGCCGCUUCAUCGCCGUCUUUCACAUCGUGGUUACCCAAAUCCCUUUAGUUUGUCUAAUAAUGCAUCCCAAAAAUUCUCUUGAAACGCGCGCGGGGGCUGCGUCCUGCUUCAAGACAGAAUUGUCGAUACUCCAUGAUCUUGCACCCACCUUCGCAAUGGCGCGCCAUGUUUUGCGGCGCCUACGCGCCCUGAUCACCUCAGUCAAAGCCACCAUGCAGGAGAUUGCGCCCGCCUCCGUAGGCCAUACGGAUGCGACCGAGUCAAUCGAAGUACCGCCGCAUCAACCGAUGGUGACUUCGCAUUUGACUUAUAAUGUGCCAAUUGACCUGGAUAGUACGACACUGGAUCAAAUUUUGGGUGAUUCGCUGUUCACAGAUACCGACCCCGCGUUUCAUCAUAACGACCUCACAUCCUUAUGGCCGGACGAUUUGAUGUCUUUUCCCUGGGCCAUACCGGCAGGCACUGUUCUGUAA